CGCUUGAAUCGUCGGGUUCCAGUUGCCAAGUCGGUUGCGACGAGAGAGCGAGGAUGGAAGACUUGUGAAGCCAGAAGUGGCAGCGGCCAGCGACCAGCGGUAGUGCCAGUCAGUGAGCGUCAGUCACGGAAGUCGGCCAGAGGACAUGGACGGAGCGCGGCUGUGACCGGCGUGAGGGAAGGAACCAAGAGUGGAUGACACUCCACGCAGAAGUGGCAGGCGGAGGAGGAGGCCAGCGGCUGCUAAAACAGACCCAAGUUUGAGACACAUCCCCCAGAGCGGAAGAUCAGACACUUACUUUGACGGAGAGUAAACCCAAGACUGUGGACAAAUGGUUAAAAUGCCUCAGCGUCAACGGCACAACACGGGCGGGGGCGCGGGCGGGGCAGAGUUACCCCUGCUAGACCCCGGCGUGAUCGAGGCGCACAAUGCCGUCACCACCACCCGUUGCUGCGUGCCCCUGUCAUGCGGGUGUUUACGGGGCUACGAGCCCAUCAACCUCGAUUCCCCGACUGGGUGUGUGCGCGUGCACUGUAACAACGAGCACUGUACGCUGGGUAACCUCAUGCACGGCGAAUGCUUCUCGGCGUGGGAGAUGCACGUGCUAGCCUACCUCAGGUCGUGCGGCCGUGCACGCUCUUGGUCAGAGAAGCAGCGUCUCCAAAACUUAUGGACCAAGCGAGGCUACGAUCUCGCUUACCGGGCGUGUACGUGCCUGUGUAGCCGCGGACAUCUGCGGAAAGACCUGGACUGGAUGCCCCCGUCCGAGUCUGACGACGACAACAAAACCAAGAAGAAAAAGAAGAAUCGUCAGAACCAAAAACCAGCUCUUGUAACGGUGGGUAACGGCGCCCUCAAUAACAACACCAAUAAUGCCAACAACAACAACAAUAACAACGUGGUGCUGAGCGGCCUGAGUACUACCUCAGGCUGCGAGACGUCCGGUCAGCCUUGUCAGCGUCACCGUAACAACUCCAUUUCGUCCACCGGGUCCUCGCCACCCUCGGAUGCUCCAACAAGCCCGCACCACACAGCCGCCCCCGGCAAGCGCCGUUCGAGGGACUUCUUCUCUGACAGAAGCAGGCACGGAUCGGGCGGCAGCAUGUUUGCACGGCGGGCAGACUUCAGCAGCUUCAACGUGCUGCCCAGAGACAAGAUCAACUCGUAUCACAUCAAGAUGGAGGAUGACGGGCUCCACGGCAACGACGACACCCGCUGCUUCAUCCUGUCCACUCUGGCGGCACAGCGCACCAGCAGGACGGCGUGUGUGCUGUGCCACCAGCCCCUCCUCGUGUUCGACCGCUAUCCUCUCCUCGACGGGACUUUCUUCCUCACUCCCAUCCAGCACGCCAAGUCGGCCAUUCCCGUGCGGGUGGAGGGUCGGCAGCAGUACCUGACGGCGGUGUGCAUGGGCUGCCUCGAGGGAUGGUCGGUGGGCCUUCGCUGCAGUUAUUGCAACACGCGGUGGAACGGCUCACCUCUGAUCCUGGGCACCAUGUACUCCUUCGACAUCUUCGCCGCCAUGCCCUGCUGCGAGGGGCGGCUAAAGUGCAGCAAAUGUGACGCCGUGGUGAUCCCUCCCGACCAGAGACUUAGCUUCUUUAGCGACUACAGCAGGACCCACGCCUGUCCAUCCUGCGGCCACCUCGACCACCACUUCGUCAAGCCGCUGAGUUCCUUCAUUAGAGAAGACAAGCAGACGUGGUAGUCCCGUCGCCCUCCCGUCCUCCUGGCUUGUCAGCACGAGGAGGAAAGGAGCGCAGCGUCGACUCUUCCACGCCACACCAACACCAUCACCACCACCACUACCACCACUACUACCAUCAAGACUCCCUCAAAUGUCGCCGGAGAAGAGUAGUGUAUAGUGAACUAAGAGGCAUCAGAAGAAGAAGAAUGCUGAUGAUAGAGGAAUUAUAAAGAAGCAGGCGGAGAGGCAAGAGGUGUUGAGGCAUGGAAGGAAAGUUAAUACAGAGAUAGUAGAUGUUUUGGGCGGUGCUUCAUGACAACACCUUGAAGGACUCUGUACAGAUGACCAUGUUCUUUAAGAGUAAAAUACUUGGAGGAGAAGAAGGAAGAAGAUUAAGAUUAUGAAGAAAAGUAACAAAUACAGACUGGAUGAUAAGAAAAAGAAAUAGCAAAGUUAAUAAUCCAUAUAAGAAGAAAAAAUCAGACAUCAGGAACGCUCUGUAGACUCAGAGAUGAAAACAUCUACGUCACUUGUAAGCAGAGGAACGAAAUGAAAAGAUGGAAUUCGAAAGAGAAGAUGGAAGCGUUACCGCCAUUACCACCACCUCUGCUGACACCAGGUGAGCUAUAGAGAAUAAAAAUAAUAUAAAAAAGCGAAUAAUUGAGACAGAAGCACCGUAAGUACCGCGUGGAAGAAAAGGAAAAUAUAAAAAGUGUUUACCAUGUCCAUACAAAAGACACGCACGUAGAUGAAAAAAAAGCAAACCUCGUGCGUGAAUGUUUAAUAAAUAGCGAACGUGAGUGGAGUCACGGCUGUCCAGUGAACUUUUUUCUGAAGACAAUGAGCAGAAGAGAAAAUAGUGAGGAGUGUAAAGGUCUGGCGGGGAAUACAGUCAGUGUGAGGACACAAACCUAUAAACACUAAAGAACAACUAAAAAUCGAGUGACACUCAUAUGAAACGGGGAAGGAAACUUUGGUUAAAACAUAAAACAUUUUCGUGUUUUUUUUUUUUCUGCUGCUGAAUUUGUUUGGCGAAAAAUAUCCACCGGAAACAGUGGAUGGGUGUAAAUAACUAGACAUUAGCUGUAUUCUAAUUGUGUGACCUCUUGUGCUAUCGCCGUAAGUUCCGAAUUUCGAUGUUUCAUCGUAGUCAUAGGCAGAGUCCUUGUUGACAGUCAGACACUCAUCCCCGCUGCGGAAAACAUACAUGUUUGCUUUAAAACAUUGAGAGAAUAAAGAAAAGAGAACAGAUUAAAUCUGGAGUAGCAAAGAGGAAAUGGAGGAAAAUAGCGAUGGGUGAGUGGAACUGAUAUUUUUUUCUGGUGAGAGGAGGAGAGGAUGUGUGGACAGAAAAAAAAAUCUUAAACAAGAACGACAUGGACCAAGAAACUGUUGAGACAGCCAAGAAUGAAAUGUUAGCCAGGGAUGAACUGUUAUGGAUAAACUGAAUUUGUUAGAAACAAGUGUUUUGAACAUCUGCGGACCAGCCAGCUGUGGGAAGAAUUGGUGUGAAGACUAGAUAACAGUCUUCAUGAAUGAACAGGUGGAGGAAGAGCAACAGCAAUAACCACACUUCCCACCAGCCGAAGGAGGGAGGCUAAGAAGAUGAGGAGGAAGAGCGUGAGGUGCAAAGCAGAGCAAAUAUCAUCAUCGUCUCCAAACACUAUCUCUGAGACGACAGUGAUGGUGUACACAAAAAUCUUUCACCAUCACUGCCUCCACCACCAUCAUCAACACCACCACCACCACAAACAACAAUAACUGAUGUUGGAGGAUAACCAUACAAAAAGCACCCGCGGAAAGAGGAGGAGGAGGAGAAGUGAGCGGAAAAAAAAAGUGGAAGGAUGUCACCACUACAGCGGAUGAACACCACAACUCCAGCACUAUCCUACCAUCCUGCAGCACCGUCCACACCCCGCCCCGCGCCACGCCCCCUCCGGUCCGGUCUGCGUGGUCCAUCAGUGUCCUGUGGCCUGCUGUUAACCCCUGUACCGGCCUGGACCACCUGGGUAACGCCGGUGCAGGAGGCUCAAGUGUAGCGUCACCCGGGCGGCUGUCCCCACGAAGGAUAUAUGCCUGUAAGUUAGUUCAAUGUGCACUCUUUUCUUUGUCCCGUAGCUCCUGCUAAGACGACAGUGAAUCUGCUUGUAUUUAGGAAUGAAAAUAAGGACAAACUUUUUACUAAGAGCUCUCCGUACUGGGUGUGUAAGGUUUUAUACUUGUAGCUUGUAAACUCGUGUUGUGGAAGGUUUCUGUCCGCCCCCGCUUCGCUUCACACGCAAAAACAAACAAACAAAAAAAUCAAAUAUGAAUUUUAUUUUUAUUUCUAUUUAUUUAUUUAUUUAUUUUAUUUAUUUAUUUUUUUCUCUCACAUCUGCCUGAUUGGCGUUGGCAGUUUGAGCCCUGGGGGCCCCGCAGCGAAGCGUGAGGCCGGGGCGUGCGGAAGCCUCCUCACAGCCACUCCCGUUUAAUGCAGAAUAGCUGGCAAGCGCUGCCUAAGAAGUCGGGUGAGGAAGGUGAUGGUCGAGCCUCAGUCAGUCACAUGAGUACCUCUCGAGAACCAGUCAUCACAGAACGUUAGUCACACUACCUAAGAGUCGCUUCACUUCACUAGCGUUGAGAGUCGGUCAGCAGAAAGUAAAAGUGAAAAAGAUAACAAGCGAGUCAGUUGCAUCGCGAGCAUUAUGAACCACUGAACCACCAAUAAGUGUAUAAGUUUUUAUGUGUAGGGCUUAACGUUAUAAGUAAGGUAGAUGUAACAUUAACUCUGAGUCAUAAGAUAAGGUUCAACUCAUCAGUCGGUAUCGCUUUUGAAGACGGGCGAGAAUGAAGCGGACCCCUGCGGGCAGUGGGCGGGUGUUGGGCGCCAGACACCCGCCCCGGGGUCUGGCCGGACCUGGAGGUCACUCGGGUGGAACACCCACACCUCCAGACCUCCCGCUGGCUGUGGAGUCCUGAUGAAAGUUGGAAGGACGAUUGGCACAGCAAGUAGUGAAACUGUUUGUUGAGGUCAAAACAGGAACGUCCCUAAAGAACCGGUCUGUGUCGUAAUGUACAUACAUACUAAUCGUUUGAGUCAUUAAGAGAGAAAAGAUCCUAGUUGUCGUCUCGCGUGAACUUGCCGUCAAGGUCUUGCUCCAGCCUGACUAGAUCCUAUGGGGCUCACAGGACGACCUAACUGACUGACUGACGUCGUUGCCUCCUCUAAGGAACUGGCGACUCACUCCUCCGCAUGACUCACUUGACCUCGCAUGGCACUGUGACGCGAUGCCAAGAUACUGCACUGGUUAGCUCGCUGGACCCCAGACGGAAGACAAUGAUUCCUCACGACACCAGACAACCUUGUUGUUGCUGCCCUUUCUCCGCCUGACCUGACUUCUUCGCGGUGACUCCAGUCGUUGUGUGCAUUGCUAGGAUAAGCUAUUUGGGACCUGAUACUUGUGACCAAACCAGCGAUUAUCAGUAUCCAUGUAGGGUCACGGCCCGCACCUCACAAUAUCCGCCCCGGGGGUUAGGAGGAGGAGGAGCAGAGAAAGGAGGAAGAGGAGGAGGAGGAGGCAUAAGUGGAGGAGGAAGAGAAGAAGGAAUAUGACAGGAGCGUGGACAGCUGUGUGAUAACGUUGGUGCUCCUUGUGGGAUGGUGGUCCUUCAAGGCUAAGAGUUUCCUAUUAGUCCGUAAUCCAGCUACAAUCAAAAUUACAUUCCCUUAGAUCAUCAGCCUCACAUCCCCACCCAAGCCCAUCCCAUCCCCGCCCUGCGAUCCCAAGCAAUCAUCAAACAAAUCAAUACAGAGCAUCAUAACUUCAAUGGGCAGUAUCUCUAUUAUAGUCAACUUUUACUUAACAGAAGAUUUGCGUCCUCAUACUUUGCCUCAGUUUCUCCCUGCCACCUGUCCCUUCCCUUUGCAUGACGCCCCUUCAGUCCUUAACCCAACAGCCAUUCCUUAACGCGACGCCCUGUCCCUGUCCACGGCUGAUCCUGUCUCUCGACCCCCAACCACUGCCCCCUCCAACCCUCCCUCACACACACACACACACACACACACACACACACACACACACACACACACACACACACACACACACACACACACACACACACACACACACACACACACACACACACACACACACACACACACACACGUCCCGCGCGCCUCACUCUUGCAAAAUGAGUUACAGCAACAUUUGAAAGUUAAACAUUUGCGGCGUUUCAUUCAGUAUUAGGCCAAAAUUUCAAGUGCUUUAAAAGCGAAACAUUGCAUCUGAGCAUUCAGUACAGGACGAGUCGAGGGGUUUUGAGGCUCACCAGCAAUACUGGAACCAACACCCGGGAGCGGAUUCUGUGAGGUGAAGGGAGGAGGCGAAAACCUGUCCAUCUGCCCGAGUGUGUCCUGUGAAGAGUUUGUUUGCAACCAAUAGGAGACACGAGAGCUGGAAAGACACGCCAGUCCACGUUAGUAGUAGUUGCUGACACACCUAUCUACCUCUCUCAGGGUGGAAGUUUCCUGUCUUGUAGUAUCGUACUGAAAUUAAUGGAUUGAAUUAUUUCGCUUGUUCACUGUUGGUCACUAUCAAGGUUCACGAUGAUGAUGAUGAUGAUGAUGAUGAUGAUAAUGACGACUUGGGUGUGAAGCGCAGGGCAGCGUGGCAGUGGUGUCGCCUCCUCGGGUCGUCAGCUGUGUUGUGUCGCGGCGCAAGGACGGACCAGACCCCCCAGCACCUCCUCUCAUAAGGGCGAUAAUCCUGGUCAGACCAUGGGAUUCUCGGCCUUCAGGUGCAUGUGGGUGCCAGGUGGCGUCUGUCCUCGUCCUUCUUGCAGCUUGUAACUUUAUUGGCUCAAUUGUGAAUAUCUGAUAAGUUUACAUACGUUGGUAAUUUUUUUGGACACUGAUAACUGGCAUAAAAAUAUCCUUUGUUUGCUUGGCUCAAUUUGAUCAGUUGUUAUAAAUUAAAAAAAAAAACAGACUUUCUUCGAAUUAGACUGUGCCUUGCUAUGGUUAAAAAACAAAACAACAAAAAAAAGACUUUGUGUUGCUUCUUAUUAUUAUUUUCAGCAAAUUGGCAACAUUUGUAAUCUCACUCUGGUGAUUCUAGAAAAUAAAUUUACUUUUGUACCCCCAAUUGGCUUUUGGUGUUUCUUAAAUUCCAAUUUAGUUACUUUUGAAGCAGACAAAUCUCACUCGCCUUGAGGGGUGACUCCCAGCCACGCGGGGAGAGUUUCUGAAGGCAAGGUACGGACUGGCACUGUUCCGAUGACUGGGUGAGAGAGAGAGAGAGAGAGAGAGAGAGAGAGAGAGAGAGAGAGAGAGAGAGAGAGAGAGAGAGAGAGAGAGAGAGAGAGAGAGAGAGAUGAAAUACAACAACAAAUUGGGUACCAACAGAAUGAUGUGAUGUGAAUGAGAAUGUAAUAAGAAUAAAAGAAUAAAAAAACUAGUCACAAAGAAAUUGUUGUUGUAUGAACAAGACCACAACAGAACAAAACAACAAUAAAUAGAACAAAAACUUCAGCAACUACUAACUCACUGGCUAAAACAACAGGUGCCACUUCAAACAGGUCUUCUGAACAACCAACUCACAACCCAUGAAAGAAAAUAAUUUAGCCAGACAAAAUUUCAAGAACCAUGCCUCAUACACGGCCACCGUCCAUCCCACACAAAAUUAUGUCAAGUAACUACAAACCUACAACCCCUCUUGAGGUUUUGUGUGUUGUGGUCCUUGAACAAGCGUGGAAGAUGGUGCAUGAAGACGACUGGCGGGCGGCUGGAGGGAGUGAGUGGUGGCUGAGGCAUCUCCGAGGGUGAGUCUGUGCUGAGGUAAUGUAUGGUGAGGCUGUCAUGGUGCAUGGAACAGCGGAGAAAAACCACAACACCGAGGAGAGAGAGAGAGAGAGAGAGAGAGAGAGAGAGAGAGAGAGAGAGAGAGAGAGAGAGAGAGAGAGAGAGAGAGAGAGAGAGAGAGAGAGAAUGGAUGAGCAGGCUGGAACAGUACCAAGUGUCCGGUAAAGGCGGGUACUUUGCUAGCAACAGUACAAACUCGGGCCUGUUCGGGCAGGAGACUCAGGCUGAGGCGUCGCAUCGACUUGGCAACUCACGAUCACAUUCCUUCCUUCCUUCCUUUACCUGUCAGAUGUGUGUCGGUUCUUUCUUUCGCUUCAUUCCAGGACUUAACACUUCUGACAUAUACACACUCAACGCAGACAUGCUUACACACACACACACACACACACACACACACACACACACACUCUCUCUCUCUCUCUCUCUCUCUCUCUCUCUCUCUCUCUCUCUCUCUCUCUCUCUCUCUCUCUCUCUCUAUUCCUUCUAUUUUAUGAACAACAAAUACCUCUUCAUUUCCUCCUUCCUUGCCUUCCUUCCCCUCUAUCGACAACACUCUCCUUACACGCCUCCAAUGGCCGGCAAAGAUAAUCCACAAGACACAGUAACCAGAGCAGACAUGAACUUCUGAACGUCAGCGAGGGGCGGGCCUUGGGUGGGGAGUGCCCGCGGCCUACCCCUCGGGCGUCCUGUAGCAGCUCUUCGGCCUUCAAGUGUCGUCCUUCAUUUCCACGAGUUAUCGUACGCAGUUGCUUUCAUUUCUUCCUCCUGCUCUUCGUUCUGAUGAGUUGAUGUCGUGGAGAUGACGGAGGACUCGUAGCCGAAGUGUUUCCGUGAGUGUUUAUUAUCUUUAUUACACUUAAUGCACCUCUUUUUCUCAUCACUUCUAUCUUUUUUGUUGAUCAGUAUACAUGUAUAAAUAAUGUUAUGGUUUGUUGGUUUGUUGUAGUUAUUUAGUGAACACCUUGUUGUAGUCAUACAAGUGUUGUUGUUGAGAAGUAUCAUCCCUUGUCUUCAGGCGGGAGGAGAUAUGUAAUGUUUGCAUCCCAGUGAGUAGUGUUAAGGCAAUGACAGCAUACGUAGUGUUAAGGCAUUAAGGUCGUGCCAGUGUGCUCGUGUUGCUGCAGCCACGUCGUUUGCACACAUAAACUAACCACUUAUUUGUCUGACACUUUGACUACUAAUGGCAAUGUGAGAGAAAUGGAUUACUACAGUAAGAACAAAGAAUUGCAGUGUAACACUUGCUAUUUGUGUAUUAAUUAAUACUUCUGAAAAUUAAAAAACAGUCACUGAAAUGUCUGAAUCACUCAUUCAAUCUUUGUGGUAUGAAUGGAAUCUUUCGAAAUAACGCGAUAAAUUACACCCCACUAUUUUAUCAAGUUGGAAAGUAAGCCAUAGCAGUCAAAGGGUUAAGGAAGAUAUAAGCACUAAUCUACACUUAGAAGCAAAAUCACACAUCAAGGAGUAACCAAAAGACGAACGUGGCGCCACAGUCGAACACGUGGCAACCACAGUUUACCACAAUAUUACCACACUAUAUUACCAUCAUUCCGCAAUAAUUUAGUGAAUACCACGAUAUUUACAAUACUACAGUAAAGGGUGUCUCAAAUACCUAUAUCUACCAUUUUUUUUCUGUCGCUCAGUCUUAUCUUUAAAAGUGUAGUGUGGAGAUUAUACACGACAUAGCUUUAAAUAAGAGAGAGAGAGAGAGAGAGAGAGAGAGAGAGAGAGAGAGAGAGAGAGAGAGAGAGAGAGAGAGAGAGAGAGAGAGAGAGAGAGAGAGAGAAAUUAAGAAUAGAUAAAUAAUCAUAUUGUACCUUAAUGAGUUCACACACACACACACACACACACACUCACACACACGGUUCCUUCUCGAAGAGCAGACGGGCUAACGAAGCGCAGACCUCGGCGGGCUUAACGCAAAGAGAGAGAGAGAGAGAGAGAGAGAGAGAGAGAGAGAGAGAGAGAGAGAGAGAGAGAGAGAGAGAGAGAGAGAGAGUCAAUAGCACAGGGGCAGGUGACGUAGGUAAGGCGGUAACAGAGGCUAGUGUAAGUAACGCUACUUGGUGGUGGUAGGGAACUAACACGCGUACAAGUGCUACCACAAGGAGCUCAGAGGCUACAACAGGGUGCCAAUGCUGGGGACGGGGUUUCAUCUAGGCGACGGAGGCUCAACUAUUGGGAGACAGUGGUAGUGGAGGCUAGAAUAACACUACAAAUUGAUGGGGACUAAUCAAGGAUAGCAGGAAACUAAAAUCCAUUUGCUUGGGGAAUAAAACAGCCUGCAUGAUUGAGGCUAAACGGGGAAAGGGAGUUAAGGGCUAAAAAAAUGGGACCUGAUUAAUGGAGGCUAUGGGGAUAUGGGUGCUGGAGUCACUGGGGUUUGAGGCUAUGGGGAAAAUGGGUGUUGCAGGUGUUAGAGGCUAUGGGUUAGGCGCUGGAGGCUGACAAUGGGAGGGCUGGAGGCUACAGGGACA